AUGAGCGUUUCCAAGAAGCUGUUUUCCACCGCUGUCCGCGGAAAGUCAUGGUGGUCGCACGUCGAGAUGGGACCUCCAGAUGCCAUUCUCGGAGUCACCGAGGCCUUCAAGGCUGACAAAAAUCCAAAGAAGAUCAACCUCGGAGUCGGAGCUUACCGCGACGAUCAAGGAAAACCAUUUGUUCUUCCAUCGGUCAAGGAAGCCGAGCGUCAAGUCAUCGCCGCAAACCUUGACAAGGAAUACGCUGGAAUUGUUGGACUCCCGGAGUUCACCAAGCUCUCUGCCAAACUUGCUCUCGGAGAGAACUCUUCCGUCAUCACGGACAAGAGAAUCUUUACCACCCAAAGUAUUUCUGGAACUGGAGCUUUGAGAAUCGGAUCCGAAUUUUUGUCUAAGUACUCCAAGACCAAGGUCAUCUACCAACCAACACCAACCUGGGGAAACCAUGUCCCAGUGUUCAAGUUCGCUGGAAUGGAUGUUAAGCAGUACCGUUAUUACGACAAGUCGACCUGCGGAUUCGACGAGGCUGGAGCUCUCGCCGACAUUGCUCAAAUCCCAGAAGGAUCCGUCAUCCUUCUCCACGCUUGUGCUCACAACCCAACCGGAGUCGACCCAUCCCGUGAGCAAUGGAAGAAGAUCUCCGACAUUGUCAAGAAGCGCAAUUUGUUUGUCUUCUUCGACAUGGCUUACCAAGGAUUCGCUUCUGGAGACGUUGACAAUGAUGCCUUCGCCGUCAGAUACUUCCUCGAGCAAGGACACAACAUCGUUCUCGCUCAAUCCUUCGCCAAGAACAUGGGACUUUAUGGUGAACGUGUCGGAGCCUUCUCCGUUGUAUGCGCUGACGCCGACGAGGCCGCUCGUGUAGCUUCCCAAGUCAAGAUCCUCAUCCGUCCACUCUACUCUAACCCACCAGUCCACGGAGCUCGCAUUGCUUCUCGAAUUCUUGCCGACCCAGCCCUCAACAAGCAAUGGCUCGGAGACGUCAAGCUCAUGGCCGACCGUAUCAUCACCAUGAGAACUCAACUGAAGGACUUGCUCGCCAAGGAGGGAUCCACUCGCAACUGGGAGCACAUCACCAACCAAAUUGGAAUGUUCUGCUUCACCGGAAUCAACCCACAACAAGUUGAGAAGCUGAUCAAGGAGCACUCGGUCUAUCUGACCAAGGACGGACGUAUCUCGGUUGCUGGAAUCUCAUCGAACAACGUCGCCUACCUCGCUCACGCUCUUCACCAAGUCACCAAGUAA